AUGAGGUUAUGGAAUAGAUUCUCUCGUCUUGGAAACCUUUUGUGUGCGUGUGCUGCAUGUGGUUGUUCGUUUACACCAUGGCGUUGUUCAUCGUCUCCAUUAUUAUCGUCUUUCAGUGCAUACAACAUGAGUAGUGGGAACAGGGUGACGAGCUCUGUGGGCGGCAGCAGCGGUGCAACUGAGGUAUGUCCUUCACAUACACCUUUAUCGUCUUCGACAUUACUCAGAUAUACCAUUGCACCAUCAGAACCAACUAUGGGCUCGCCUUGGCAAACCAGUGAGGAAAGUGCUUCUCGUCGACUGGCUGCUCUCACAUCCUACCCACCAUCUAACAUUCGCAACGUCGCCGUUGUGGCACACGUAGACCACGGGAAGACAACAUUAAGUGAUGUUUUGCUCAGGCGAACCGGCGUGCUAAAGGGCUCUGUCAACGCAGGAGCUUAUACUGAUAGGCUGCUUGUUGAGCGGGAGCGCGGCAUCACAGUGAAGUCACAAACAUGUUCCAUGUUUCUGAAGUACGGCGGCUCAGAGUUCUUGCUCAACUUGAUUGACACGCCAGGUCAUGUGGAUUUCCAGUAUGAAGUGUCACGUAGUGUGCGAGCGGCACAGGCUGUGCUUCUGCUCGUUGAUGUGGCACAGGGGAUUGAGGCGCAAACGAUGUCCCAUUUCCACAUGGCAUUGGAUCAAGGAUUGGCCAUAAUCCCCGUUUUCACCAAAAUGGAUUGCGUGCUCAACGACACAACGGUUGAUGCUGCGCUACAACAACUCGAAGACUCCACAGGUCUACUGCGAAGUGAAGUGGUCUUUACCAGUGCAAAGGAGCAACUGGGGGUGGAGGCACUGUUGCAAGCUAUCAUUGAGCGCGUGCCUUCACCAAGUGGUGCAAUAGGGCUGUCGGACGUGUGCCAACUUCCUCCUCUUUUACCAGGCAGCACAGCCCGCGUGGCAAUGGAGGCUGAGAUGGUGCCACUGCGAGCCAUCUUACUUGACUCGUGGACGAGGGAAUGCGGUGGUGGACUCUAUCGUCCGCCCUCAAAAACGAGCAGCGCCUUAAGCGGGAAUGUAAAGAUCGAUGAAGAUAAGGACACCGUCACAUGUCUCGUAUCUGUCAUUGAUGGAACUCUCACCGCGCGUACUAACAUACUGCUGUAUCAUUCACAGAAACGCUACGAAGCUCGAGAAGUUGGAGUAAUACAUCCCGAACUUCGGCCCACUGGUGCCCUAACUGUUGGAAUGGUUGGCUACGUUGUGUUUACUCGCGUCCAGCGCGAGGACUUUUCGGUUGGAGAAACACUUUACACACUUCCCACGCGAAAGUUCACGCGGGGAGGCAUAGCACCUGUUCCCGGCUUCAGGCGCGUGCACCCUGUUGUGUUUGCGGGGUUUUACCCAGACGAGGGAGAAUACGUUACACAGUUGCGUGAAGCGGUGGAGAAGCUUCGAAUGAAUGAUCCUGCUGUUACCGUUGAACCCCUCGAGUGCCAGGCACUUGGCUCUGGCCUACAGUUGGGUUUUCUCGGUGUGUUGCAUAUGCAAAUCUUUCAGGAACGCCUACUCUCCGAAUUCGGGCAGCGUGUUCUCGUAACGCCACCUGUUGUUCAGUACAAGUACCGCGAAGCUGCCGGUGGCGAUGACCAGCCGCCCAAACCCCUCUCGGUCCACACGUGGCGGUGGCUCCACGAGGGAGUGUCAUGUUACAUGGAACCUCACGUUACUGCCACAGUAGUCACACCGAGUGAGUAUGCACAAAUCAUCGAUGGCGAAGCGCAGAGGCACUAUCGCGGGAAGCAGUUGGAUAUGCGAGUGAUGGAUGAUGCCCGUGUCCUCCUGCGCUACAAAAUGCCCCUCGCGGAUAUGGUGCGGGGUUUCUUUACUUUUGUGAAGAGUCAGUCCCACGGCUAUGCGUCACUGGAGUACGAUGAACUGGUGUAUGAAGAAGCGGAUUUGGUACGCGUAGACAUCGUGGUGCAGAAGGCCCGUAUCUCUGCGCUUGCCGUUAUCUGUCCACGACACGAGGCACCAUCGGUAGGAAAGCGUAUAGUAGCGAGCCUAAAGUCCAAUCUCACACGCACUGCUGUGGACAUCCCCCUACAGGCACUAGUUGGGAGCAAGGUAGUUGCGAGGGAAACGGUUAGGGCGUACCGCAAGGAUGUGACAGCAAAAAUACACGCGGGUGACAUCUCACGCAAACAGAAAAAGUGGAACGACCAGAAAAAGGGGAAGGAACGCAUGGCGCGGCGCACGGUUGGAGGCGUAACACUUGAUCAGUCGGUCCUCGCCGCAGCAAUGGGUGCCACUGCAUUGUGA